UGCCUAAGGAAGACCUCACUCGGUUGGCUCUUGCAGGCGGAAGGGGCGGGGCGACCGGCGGCGGCGAGCGGACGGGGGCGGGCCUGUAAGAGGGGAUCAAUGGCGGCGCGCUGGGCCGGGUUGUGUCUCUCGCUGUGACGGAUCGGCGGCCGCGGACGGGCUGUUCCACAAUGGAUGGGGGAGAUGGUACUGCUGACCUUGUGAUUAACAAGAGGUUUGUGUCUGAAGCGGAGUUAGAGGAGCGACGAAAGAGAAGGCAAGAGGAGUGGGAAAAGGUCCGAAAACCUGAGGAUCCAAAAGAAUGCCCAGAGGAGGCGUAUGACCCACGCUCGUUGUAUGAAAGACUUCAGGAACAGAGAGAAAAGAAGCAGCAGGAGUUUGAGGAGCAAUUUAAAUUCAAAAAUAUGGUAAGAGGCUUAGAUGAAGAUGAGACUAAUUUCCUUGAUGAGGUUUCUCGGCAGCAAGAGCUACUAGAAAAGCAGCGAAGAGAGGAAGAGCUGAAAGAACUAAAUGAAUACAGAAGCACUCUCACCAAAGUGGGAGUCAGUAUGGACCCAAAGAAGGAAACUGAGAAGAAAUUGCCCAUGAAGUCAGUGGAAAACAAGAACAAAUUCUCUCAGGCAAAGCUGUUGGCAGGAGCCGUGAAACACAGAAGUUCAGAUGGUGGUAACAGUGUGAAGAGGUUGAAACUAGAUACUGAUCAUGACGAAAAGAAUCAAGAAAAACCGUCCUGUGUUCCCCUGGGGAGCAGCUCCGUGGGAGGCUCCACGGUCCACUGUCCCUCGGCAGCUGUGUGCAUUGGGAUCCUGCCCGGCCUGGGCGCCUACUCGGGAAGCAGCGAUUCCGAGUCCAGCUCGGAUAGCGAAGGCACCAUUAAUUCCACUGGAAAGAUCGUCUCUUCUGUCUUUCGUAGCAACAGUUUCUUUGAUGGUCCAUAACAAAAUCCCUCCGUGUGUAAUGUAGUGCAGAGUAUCUUCCAAAGCCCUGAUGAUGGAUGCUUGAUGCAUCCUUCUGCCCCAAAUAUAAUCUUUCUAGCUAACCUCUCAACUUUAAUACACUCAGAUACUCCUAAAAUAACUCAUAUCUUUUUUUUCUUCCCCCAACUUUCUGGGGUGCAUACUGAGCCUGGAAGAAAGGCUGCCAUCCUAAACCAGAAGGCACACCUGCCAAGGUAUUGAAGGUCUGAGGGUAGGGAGGAGAGAUCUUUAUCUUUUAAAAUUCUCACAGGAAGAAAGAAUUCUGGUGAUCUUAGAAGUUUAUACAAGACUAACAGGCAAAAAAUACUCACUCCAAGCGGUGAAGUUUUGUAGAAACAGCCAUGUGUUCUGUUUUAAAAUGUCAUUUUGUUCUGUAUUGGAGAAAUGGGGGCAGAACAAGAAUCAAGCAGAUGGUGAAGUGUAGAUUGCUAUGACACUGUAAAGAAGUUUUAGUGUUACAUGAUUAAAGACAUUCUGAAUGCA